AUUACCGAAGGUAUAGCAAGGGAAAUCAUCAAUCAAACGCGCUUCCAAGGAUUCAAGACAGUCUUUAAAAAAAUGGUAGGAAACUGUUCCUUAUAUAUGCCUUAAAUGCAAUCACCUAAAUGAUAAUUUCUGAUCAGUUUUGUACAUUAAGUUAACUGCCUGUCAGAGGCUUAAAAUCAUGAUAAUAUCUCGAAGCCUUAGUGUUCUCUAUUCUCUGCUGUGAAUGAAAUAAUACCAUCAAAUGGCACCAACAUUUUAAGCGACAACUGCAGACUUCGUUUGUUCGAUUAGCAAUUCGCUAGAUGAUCGUCUUGGUCGAUUUUUCCGUUAUAAAUAAUCUUGUCAAAAGCCUAUAAAUAAGGUUAUAAUAAGAGAUAAUCGAGGUGUCAACAACUGAGAAUUAGUGAAAGUUAGAAAGGUCGAGCCGUAACUUUUUGUGAGCAUUUUCAGUAGUCGUCUGUUUAUAAUGAAGCUUAUCAGCGAAUAAAAACAGAGCGCGCCUCACAGUACACAAAAUCAUUAUCGUACAUUAUACAAAAUAAAUUAGUAGUCACAGUUAGAAAAUUGCCUCUUAAAACAGAGAAGUGACUUUAGUCAGGACUGAAGAGUUUUUUGCCUUGGCCUUUCCUGACGCUUGGACAGAAAAGCCAACUAAUUUUAAACUGACAACCACGUCCAUCUAAUUGGUGAUCCACGCUUAUCACUCCACAGCUGACUUCAGUUCUGGAGAGUAACAAAAGCACAGCAUGGAGAAAUAUCUUUACAAAAAGCUCUCUAUUAAUUUUAAGCGGCGAAAGUUCAUUCUAAAGUCAUCAGAUGAGGGUAUUUUGUUAAUGGUUAAUGUUUUGCCUUUUUUCGAAGCCCUUUUCAUCUGUUUCAUAAUCAUAAUUUGUUUGUUUUACAUCACUGAUUUCCUUUAGUUGCACAUAAAAGUUUGAAAAGAAGUUAACACUAGUUCUCCUUUGAUUUCCAGGAAAGGCCCCCAGACUCUGCACAUUAUGAAAUUCCAACGAAACCUCGGACACUGAGUGUAAACAGCUCUACUAACUUGAAAAACAUUCGCUCCGUUGUUUUAGGAAAAGACGGCGUAGGAAAAUCAGGUAUGUCUGAACCACCCAAAGACAACUCAAAUUGUUUAUUUAAUGAGCUUUUAACAAACAAAGGAUUCACUACACCCAUUCACUUCUAUUGUAGUACAGUCACGUUUACUUUUAAUUCGUAAAAGGUGCUCUUUGGAUUAUUUGUUCAGAUCAUAGUUGUGCAAUUCAUUUUUCUUACAUCUUUCAACUCACGGAAUUGUAAAUGAUGAGCGUAAUGGAUAUGUUACUCAGUAGAGCGCUGAAGGAUACGUUUUCUAAAGAACAGAUUUUGUAAGGUGUUACUGCAGUGCGCGCAACAAAAGCGGAAGGUCAUCAUCCACAAGGAUCGCGACCGUAGUCACGUAGAGGAUAAUUUGAACAAGUACAUGAAGACUUCACCGCCAUCACGGAAACACUAUGAUUCAAGUCGUCAAGUAACAUUACUUACUGAAAUGAUUCAAGAAUUCCUAUCGUACCACCAUUGUAGGUUUCUACAGUUGUUUGCUCAGCGGCGCAAACAAUGCAUGCGUGUUAAUGGCUUGCUUAAAUUUGCACGAAACACUGCACACUUUUCUAGAAGUUUGUCUGAACGCUACCGUGAUGUCGGCCUUUAUAUAGCCGGAAGUUUUUACUGGAUCAUACUUCAAGUAUUUUCUUGGCAAUGUUUUUGAACAAGCGUUUGCUUCUAAUUCAAGCACUGUUUAUUCGAUCGUGUGUGCUGACACUUUCUCGAGUAAUCAAGCAGUAUGACACAUUCAUACUGCUUCCGUAUAGACCAUAAAAGGAAUUUUUUUUCUACAAACGGGAAAAGAUACGUCAACAAAUUGAGCACACUGUACACACGUAGAGUGUGGAUUCCAAAAGCCAAUUUUUCCGGUAGUGCUAUUCAGCAGCUGCUAAGUCAACAGUUAAGCGAGCACUUUUAAAGGUUUUAAUUUGCUCCUGAAUAAAUAAAGCCAACAUGCCUAUGGAAUUUGUCCUCGCAAUUUUCUUCGUUUUAGUAGUUUGCGCACCUAUUUUUUAUUUGACUUAAGGGUAUUGACACCAAUCUUGCACUUUGUUACCCGAAACAUUAAACACUGAAAAAAACUGAAAAAUUUCCCUCAACAGUCACUGAUCGUGGACGAAAGGCUAACCUUUCGAUUCUAACAUGCCCUACACUCUUCUUAAUUAACUCUUUCCGCCCUUCUGAAAGAGACGAGUUUCUUCCAUCUCUUCUUAAAAACUGGCUGGCAAAGCCGGCGUCAUAAAAUGUAAGGAGGUGAAAGUGUUGAUAUACAACCAUAUUCUCCUCUGAAGUAUACAUGAGGAGAAAAAGCAUGCUGCUCAGAUAGACUCUAUGCUUGAUGCAAGAGGUAAAAAAGGAUUAAUUAACUUGUCUACAAGAAAGUCUGAUCAAGUGUAAAAUCGCCAGUUUUGAUUAAUCUCUUUCUUGUCUGCAGCUUUCACAGUCAGACUUCUAACGAGGCGGUUCAUUGGGGAAUACGACAGUACUUUAGGUGAGCAUCAAAAAGGGCGUGGCAAUUCCCCUUCGCGUGCUCGACUGUCUUCAUAGUAUAGCAAUCAAUUAUGGCUGUUAUGUGACUACCUCCCAAGGGACAGGGGUGACUCAAGCGCCCAUAGAUAGCCUUUAGCCUUUAUUUUAAAACGAUAAGUAUUAAAGCUACAUGAGCUUGUGUGGCCGUUACCAGAAUUUUCCCUUGGGCAAAGCAUUUUCAAGGCAACCUAUUGUAAGUGACCGCGACCACCACUCACUUGUAAGACUGACAAUUUAAACCACACGUGAGCAACCACUUGUCACGUGGUCUGAUCUUCCGACGCUGCAAAUUGGAUAAUGCGGCCUCAUACAACCCUGGUGAGACAAUUUCCCACACCCUUCUCCCUCCACCUUCUGCGACCUUUUCUCUUUCUGAUAUCCCAGGUUCGCCGUAUGUAACGCCUAACCGUCAAAGUAUGUCAGGGCAAUUUUCGUGACAUCAUGGUGCUGCUUUAAUUUUUUCUCGAAAAUGGCAUAUAUCUCAGUAAAUUCUUCCUUCACAAGUUUUGGCAAUUAGCCUGGUGGUCGCUUUCGAGAGGUUUGAUCGCGUAUAAGGCUUGGCAACUUCGCGUGUGGUGUCUGUUAAACUAAAGCCUGCUUAAUUAACUUCCCCUAGCCCCUGACACCAGCUGUUUAGAGCACGAGAACCUCUGAUAAGGGGGCGAAGUGCAAAAAAAAUAAUCGCGCAAGGGAAAAUUAAACGAAAACAAAUUCAUGCACGCCAAUUAACCCUAAGAAAUAUUCAUGCCCCCCCCCCCCAUAACUUUUCUAAUGGUCCGCCCCUAAAUAGAGAAAUAUUAAUUAAAAGGUGUAUUAAAGUGACACCGAUAGCUGCUUUUUGACCUAAAGCCAAAGAUGGAUUUAAAAGGUUCCGCUGUACUUUCUUUUUUCUCAGAAGAAACAUAUCGUCACCGUGUUGAAGUGGAUGGCCAAAACAUUCUCUUGGAAAUAUUGGAUACUGCAGGACAAGUAAGUACUAGACUUCUGGUUCAACUCCGUCACCCAGGUGAUUUCACUCCCAGACCGUAUCCAGGUACUUUCAUCGAACUUGCAUGGUCCUACGGUGUGACCAUCCAAAUAAAACCACUUUAUAACUGUAAGAAUUUUACGGCAGGAUGAAUAUGAGAGUUUUCAUCAAUAUCUAUUUGAAAGGUCUUCAGAAAGAAAGACUGUGAACCAAAGAAGCAGGCGGGUUCAUGUUUUCCAAAACGCUACGACUUAGACGCGCAGCACUAUUUACCCCAAAUGACUAGAGAACAUAGUUAAUGAGAAACUUAAUAAUAACUCUAGUAUCAGCUGUUUUUAAUGAACACAGUUUUAACUGUGUGUUCAUAAGAUGAUGCUCGCCAAGAGCGUGUGCGACAAACCUUUACAAUAUUAACAACCCGUCACAAUGAUCAAAACCUCGGCUCCAAUCCAAUAAGCGAGUGUCAAAAAUAAUAACUAAAAGACUAAACCUAUUUUUGAUUUUUUGGAUUUUUUUUUUCAGAAUUCUGUGGAGAAAAUCGACGCGUGUUCCACAGCUGGUGUGGCAGAUGUAUACUUUGUACUCUACUCCAACACGGAUCGUUCUUCCUUCAAGGAAGCUGUGCUUAUCGUUAAAUAUCUUGUGGAAACAAGGAACAUUUCUCAGGCGUCUAUAUUUUUAAUAGCUACUAAAAAGGACCUAAAGUAUCAACAGGAUGUGACGGAGUACGAAGGAAGGUUACUAGCCAUGGAGUUGGGCUGUGAGUUUUAUACUAUCUCAAGUUCCGAGGGAUAUGAAGGGACGCAGGAUGUGUUACGAGGAUCUUUACGUUCAGCCCUGAACAAACACUCCAAAGAAAACGGCGGCGCAAAGUCCCCGCUUAUGAAGCGGGUUAAAAACGGACUGAGGAGUAAGACUCACCAUGGUGUUCCUCAUCCCCCUCUGGUCAUUGACACCAGGGAAAGAACUGCUACUCUUUGAUAACUGACAAUCAAAGGAAGAAAAGCAUUGAGUGCCAUAUUAAGACUGUGGAACAAACAAGCUAAAAGAACUCAUGAGAUCAUCAGCCUUAAGUCUUAAAAAUGGUAUUUCGCCUUUAAGCCCACCCAAGAAACGCAUACAAAGUUAAACAGAAAAUAACUUAAAUCGCAUGCAAAUUAAUCCAGACCAUGGGGUUCUUAAUGCGCAGCCUCGUUUUGAUCACAAGGUAGAGAAAUUAUUUCAUGAAGCGGUGUAAAACCAAACCGGCUGGUGACAGAUAAGUACCUGAACUUUCUGACGGCAGAUGUGUAUCCACUCUCGUACGUCUCAAUGAAAGGAUCUUAAGUUCACGUUGUUAUUCAAUACUAAGGUUCAUAUUUAGGCAGUAUUUUCUCUCUCAGUAAUAGCAUCAUUCGGAUGUUUUUUCUGACUCGGGUAAUCAGUUCUCUGGUUGCCUUUGUUAUUAAUCGACAGACCUGACAGUCGUCAAUGGAAACGCGUCCUGAUUCAAACAUGCAAUGCACUAAAUUUUGUAUUAAUAUCGCUUUUAGCUUCAGUUAGUUCAGGGCCUCUUGAUCGUGUAGGCAUGACUUAGUUCUAAGAGAAUACUUUGGAAAAUUAGCAACGAAUAACGAAUCUUAAUUUAUAUCUUAAUAUAAAAGUUUAAAUAACAUUAUCUGGUGCCUGUCAGCUCAGUUUCAUUUAUUUAUAGAAACUAAAAUAUACCGAUAAAAGGAUAAUAUUAAGUAAAGAUCACAGCUUCCGGAAAACUUCUAUAUACAGCCAAAAUAAACUCUUCUGUCGAACUGGAUACUCGAAUAACUUUCUUUAACAACUGAUAAAUGCUAUACUGAAUUAUUUAACAGGCAUUCAUUUUUUUUUUACGCAAAAUAAGCAGCUGGGGUAUGUAAAAAGAUGCUUCAAUCCAAAAUCAAAAAUGAAACUAUCCGUUUUUCUAUUUUGACCGCUAGUUCGAGGGAGCACUCCCUCUAAUGGUCGAAACGCAGAUAUAUCAAAGGGUAGCAAAUUCACGAGUUGAAGUACAAGAAGGGUAAGAAAAUCUAUCAUUAAAGUAUUUAAAAGGGCCUUAAAUAUAAAAUGUUUCCAAAAAACGCGCCUUAUGGCUAUAUCAUUCUAAUUUAUUAAACGCUACACGAAAAAGACAAGAAGAAUUCCUGUUUAAGCGAUUUAUUUGUAUUACGUGAGUUUGGCAAACGGGUUAUACGAAAGGGAUAUCUUGUCCCUUAAAAUGACGGGGUAACAGUUAGAUCUCAGAACGCAAGCCCCCUUGUCCCAACCCCCAGCAUAAACUACUCCACAAAAAAACCGUAACCGAAUUUUCAAUAUAUUUGAUUAUGGAACAAACAAGAAUGUCGUUUAGGGACAUGGACAGGUUUACCAAAAGAAUGAUGUCUCCGUUACAAUGAGGACUUCAUCCAAUUUAAUAUGAUUUUCAUGAUGGUCAGGUCCGGGCCAAACAUCGAACUUCACAUGCGCCGAACCUUAUGAUAAUCAGCGGACCGCAAUUGCAAUAAAUUGCAAUUGCUAUAUGUUACAGGGACUGUCGAGAGGGAGGGGCUGAGCGGAGGGCAUUUCUGAAAAAAAAAAUUGAAGCAUGAAUUUAAGGAGCCUGAAGAAGGUCUUUCGCAUGAUUUAAAAAGCCAGGAAAUGUCAACCUCGUCCCCAGGGCACUUUUCCCUGGCUUUGGAGGUGGGGCGCCGCGCCUCCAAAGCCAGGGAAAAGCGCUCUGGGGACGAGGUUGAGGAAAUGUUCAAGAAGCGCAUUUUGAAAAACUUCAUCAGUGCUGUGUUGUAGGUUUCGGCCUUAACUCGAUCGACAACGUAAGGCAACUUGUCGAUGGAGUUGGAAGCAGCAAUGGACAUGGAAUUAUUUUAUCUUUUCCAAUUCAAGGAACGCCAGCUUUCCUGCUGUUAUAAGCUCUAAACCUUCGCGCAUUACUACUUUAGCUGUAUUUUCUAGCAAUUUCACAGUGCCUAAAAGUUUCAUAUCUUGCCCAACCGGGAGCAUGCUCCCCGGACCCCCUCACAUUCGAAAUCUAAAGGACGGAUUCAGUUCAGCACUACCUCCGCCCCCGUUCCCCCCACCCUCCCACCCCACAUCCCCCGACUCUCAAACUUGCUCUGUGGUCCCUGUGUUAGACCGGAUACCGGUGAUGGAACAAAAAGAAAACUUAAGUUGUCUUUUUUUGGCCGAAAACCGCAAGGUUUUAAAAAUCAACUACUGCCUGUGUCUUCUACGGCACAAAACUUAUCUCAGCGGCCGGUUAAUAACCGCGGGUUGUAAUAGUUUACGAGCCCCUGUUUUCCCCCCACCCCCCCCCCCCCACUUCCCCUUCUCCUCCCUUGCAAAAAUAUGACCGUUCGUAUAAUUUUACUUUUAAGGGACAUUACUCUUCAGUAUCAUCAAGGUCUGUGUAGCUCCAUACAAAUUUUGAUUUUCCGCGACUCUGAGAUUAUGAAGGGGAGUUAUUUUUAGCUCGUUAAUCUGGAUCAUGAAGUGUCGAAACAUCCAUUAGUAAUUUUGCUUAUCGCAGUGUCCAAAUCAGAUUAAUAAUGGUCGGAUAUUCUUUGUACAUUUGCAGCAAGGUAAUUCUUAGGUAAUUCAUUCGACAAAGCUGAUAUACGUGGGAAAUACUUACAGCCCCCAAACCCGACUAAGCUUUCUCUCCUGCUGUUAACGUGUGCAUUUAACAAAAAGUUAACCAAAGGUGACAGGCAGUAAGAUAGUGGAUAACUCUUCUAAAAGAAAACUUAUCAUUCCUUAGCAUUAAUCCAAUAGGAGAUAUAGCCGUGUUAUCUCUAACAACUUUUAGUUUUGCCGCCUUAUCAUAAUCAGUUAAAGCCAACCUUUUAAGCUAAACAAGCGGCUUAAUAAUACGUACAUUCUAGUACAGUUUCACAAUUGCCUGGUGCAAAGGAGGAAUUGAAUCUACGGAAGAAAGUCCAUCAUUGUGUUGGGUGAUUACAUAAACAAAAGUGAAAGAUAACUAAUGAACAUGCAAGGUCUAUAUACCAAGUUCGCACCAGAUUUUAAAGUCUUUCAGAUAUUUUACCUGUCGUGAAAAACAUGCCUUUUCUCUUUGGUGAUAAAAUAGCGCGCCCAGCAAAAGUAUUUUUUCUUUGAGGUUACAAAGCGCUUGAAGGUAGAUUAACUGGCCGUAUAAUUUCAUUAAACUGUCCGUUUUGGUUUGUCACCAAAAAGUCGACUUGCGAACAAGCCUGUUCACAGACCCUCGAUUUUCUCUUUAGAGAUCGUCGAGCGCAAGGAUGAAAAAAAUAACCGCGAGCUGUCGUCAAAUUGUCAAAGAAAACAAAGAAAAAGAAAACCGUCUGUGAACAGGCCGAUUCAAGCCUAUAAACUGAACCAGACCAAUUAACUCCUAAAGAGAAUAGAACUGUCUAGUCAAGACAAUUUGUUUCUAAAUAGGAUGCACGGCAGUGAAAGUCUGUAGUGCCGGAAAACGCUCGAUAAAGCCUGCUCCAUUGUCUAUAAUUACCGCUCCGAUCGGCCAAGUUCGCCCUACGUGCUUGUGAAGUUUUUUUGUCCCUGAACUUUUUUGCCUUUAUCCUUGUAGCUCUUUUGCACCAAAUAGUGCAAGCAAAGUCGAUAUUGGAAAAGUAUACUACAAUCAUUCUCAUACCAACACAGAAGUAUUACCUAAGAGGUUUUAUAAAAAUUUCGUUCACCAGGAUUAGAAGUUAGCGACGUCAAGAUUCAAGAGCCAUAAUGGGACUGCAAGAUUUCAUUGUCUCCACAAAUCGACUCUAUAAGUGGAGGGGUGAUAAGGGUGGGAGGAGAAAAUCCGCGAACAAGUGGGAAUUCACUUAAGACCUUUGGCCCUCUAUCAUGCCGAGAUUCGUGCAUGAUAUCGAAACCGGCAGCCUUUCAAGAUUAAGGAACUGAAAACCUGUUGUCAGAACUUUCCACACAUGUUACCAGGAGUCGUCGGGUUGAAGUAUGGCGAUGGCUCUCUCUGUGUUGUUGUGCAUGAUAGUUAUGCUAGCCCUUACAAUCUGAAAUAGCGCGGCUACCACACUUUUGUGAAGAUUAUCGGAAGGUACGCCUUUCUACAAGGCUAGGACGACGUGAUCGAAAAAUUCAGUCUUUUCACUAACGAUGCGUCUGACUCUGGGAAUAACAGGCUUGUACUUUGGCGCAAAAAUUUACGUUUUGAUUUGUUUUAAUUCUUUUUCGCUCUUCUUUGAAGGAUUUAAUUGCAAAGAAGUUACCUAUCAUAAUCCACUUUACCUUGGUACACUUCAAGCUCGCUCGAGUGUCAAUCCCUCUGUCCUCAUAAGGGUGACAAGAAACAAAUCAUGCAAUGUGCUACUUUAUGAACGGAACAAAAGAGCAAUUCGUUUGGUUUGGAUUGCAAGUUCGUGGCUUCUUCAUCAGCACUCUUACUACAAGGCAAAUUUUUUCAUUAUUUUACAAUACAACAUAUAUAGAGGAUUUUUUCAUAUUUGAGUAGUGGUACAUAGGGUUAAUCCCCCUAGUUUGAUUGCAUUGGAUUAGUGCUUCCCGUGAGUCGAGAAGAAGGUCGAGUUAAGUACUUUUUGUUUUGUAAUAGUUUACUUUACACUGUUAUAACCUGAUGUCUACGAAAUGUUUCCAGCACUGCAAAAAAAGCAGUGAGGCAGUGUUAAGUCAAGUCGCAGAGGAGAAUCUAACAAGAUUCUAGAGCUUCAGCAUUUGUUGACUCAGUUUUAGAACGUGACUACCGACUUCCUAAGACCAUGACAAAACCAAAUAAGCGUACUUGCCUAAGAGAUGCAAUGUUUGCUUUAUAAAUAGUUGAAGAUGACUGGAUCGGAUAUUUUUCCUUUGUAAACCUCUGAGAAAAAAAAACACCUACAUUUUGACCUUACGCCCUUCGCAUUAAUAUCAAUCAUUAGGACAUACCGUAUUGUAUAAAAUGGCACCUGAUACCCUGGUUCCCAGAACUGAGCCACCAGUUUUACUGAUCGAUGUUCGACUUAAUUUGUGUUCAAAAGGAAAUUGUAAUUAAGUGGGUUUCUAACAACGGGGCAAUCAGUAUUUACCGCAGGAAGAACAGGCAACCUUUUUCGUGACCGUGAUCAGGGGAAUAGAGUCUGCAAGCGUCAGUCUGCGACAGUUUACCAAGAAUUGUUAUCGUUCACGGGCGCCGCAGGUUCCAAAAGGGAUUUGCAAGAGAAAAAUUGUUUGUUUUUUGGAUUGUUUCAAAAAUCUUUAAAAAUUUCGUGAAUGCAAUGGAGAGGGGCGAACAUUUUGGGCGUCGAAUGGUGAGUGUAUGCAAAUUUGUUGUGAAAGUGUUCUAACUGUACCUUAGUCAGGCAUCAAUAUAACAUUCAGUUCUUGUAGAAUAUAUACAUCGUACUCUGGAUAAGCUGCUAAACCGGAAUCAAAAAUCAGACUUGCGAAUUUAAGAAAAGACGAUCCGAAUUUAGUAUCCGUCUGCCGGUUGCCGACAGUUAUGGAACUUAAAGAUAACUUUAUUAAAAGCGAAGGAAGUUUUUCCUUGGCAGGAAUGAUGUCAGCCUUACCGUACCAAAAGAUUGAUUGUGUCAAAUCAUAACUCACAGCAAAAACAAAUCAGUUUUAGAAAAGAAUGAUAAAAUAAAGGUAAAGUAAACACCACUUGAGGAAAGUUCUGCGGCUCAUUCGCUUCCACUUGAAUUACGCAAAGACAAGCAUUUCGAAGAUUUAACCCGGCGUUAAACAACAGAACAAACUAAGUUCUCCUAAAUCAGGUCAGGUAACUAGCAGGCCUGGGUAACUAGUAUGUUUUAACAGAGGCGACUUUUGCGAUUUAAGCUAGGGACGUGUCUAAGGUGAUGAAGUUAAGUUCUUGGCACAAAUAAAAUAAGAUCCAUUAAUGUACGACAGUGCUACUUAAUUUUCAAAUUUCCGAUGUGUAUAUAUCAAAUACCUGGCAAACAAUUUGAGGCGUAGCUGUCUUUGCGUUGAUUACAGUCACGUUUCAAGCUUAGAUUUGGUGUGCAUCUAAACACAACUCUUAAGUCCAAGCAGAUGGAAAGUGUAGAAAAAUAUCAUCCCUUCAUGUCUACCAGUGUUGAUUAAUAAGAAAAUUGUUAGGAUUAGAUGAGCUGCUAAAGAAGGAAGCACGGGACGGAACUUGACAAACCCGAAAGCCCUUGAAGGAAUAAGAUUUGUGAUACAACAACAUGCAUGAUUUGUUUUUUUGAAAGUCAUUUCCUCAGGACAACGUCGGAAACUCGUCUCAAAGAAGAUCAAAGAACAUUUCCGUGAGUUCUGCGUCCAGUAACAGCAUUGAAGAGGAAAGCGGGAAAAUUAUUCGCGCUGCUGUUUUGGGCAAAGAUGGCGUUGGAAAAACAGGUGAGAAAUUCUAAAGUAAACAACUUACAAAAAAAAUGCCAAGUCGAAGAUCACAACAGAAAUAUAUUCAUACAAAGCAACACGUAUUUUGGUAUGGAAACUAAGAUCACUGUUCAAAUGACCUCUAAUUAAGUCAAGGAGCGGAAGACAUACCAUUUACUACCCUUUCAAGAAAGUCAAAAUCGUUUCGUAAAAUUUCCAGGACAAGUUUCUAACAAGAAUUUACACAAUAGAAUUAAUUCAACUCAGUCUUCGCCUGUGGAUACAAAGCCCUGCUGCAUGUCGCUGUUGAUAUUUCACUAUUGUAUGUACACUUUUCUCUGACGCUGUCGCAGUUUUAACCCAUCUUAGUGUCAUUUCUCGCCAUUUCUGCUUUCCUAUUAACCCUUUAAGUCCCAAUAGAGACCAAGAUCAAUUUUCUCUUAACAAUAUCCAUACACUGUCAAGAGAUAAGUUACGAGAAUUAAUAAAAUGAUCACCGAAGAGAAAAUGCCUUGAUCUGUUAUCAAAUUCUCUCAGCUCAUAUCUUUAAGGAAAUGUAUGGAGAUCAGUUUGGAGAAUUUGUAUGUGGAUACCGGGGCUUAAAGUGUUAAUAUCGCUUUUCAGAGCCACGUCGCUUAUAGGAGUUUUACUCCUCUCUCUUAAACUUUGCGCGCUUCCCUUUUACAUUCGCGUUUAUAUCGGUUCCCUUGGCCUUAUAAUGCCACAUCGGCAGCGGGCUUUGGGUCAGCUAAUCAGGAUGCUACUUCGUACAGCAUUACUCAGUUAUAACUAGGAGUAGUUUGGCACCAAAACAUUAAUUCUGUCUAAAUUAAUGUGCAGCCGGAAACAAAUAAAAAUACAGGCAUAUUUUCCGUUCCAUACCAAGUCAAAUCAGAUAUUAAAAAUAGCUUUUUCGCCCUUUUUAAACAGACAGUAUUUAUACCUAAAUAUCUUAUCACCGAUAAUCAGAUUGCUGUGCUAUAUCCUUCCGCAAAAUCCGAAACCGUGUGAGGACCAUCAUCACCGACGAUGUAUAAAAUUAGUUCUAGAAAGGAAAAAUUAGCGGGGUGGGGAGGUACAGAGGCUUAAAUUUUGUUGUGAUUAAUUAGUGCCGCAUGUGAAAAGUUAGAAUAGCGCAUAUUGCUAACAAACGAAUAUGUUGCGUGACUAAGCCUCUCCUUAACACAAUAAUACGGGUCCUAUGAUGUAUUUACUAUUUGUUGGACCUUUCUAACUUAAAAAUAUUUACAUUAGAUGAAGACGCAGUAAUCCUGGCAGAUGAUCAUAAGUUUUGUUUUUGUUGUCUUUUUUGGCUAGUUUUCAUUACCCCUUGACCCCUUGGUGGUUCAAUCACGUCGUUGCCAGCAUUCUUAGACUGAGGGGCGCGACGCCACCACUGACUUCCCUGUGAAAUGAGAAAUGAGCGCAGAAUUUCCAGCUGACGACGCGUUAUUACCCCACAUCUAGCUGGGUAUUACUUACGUUUGGUUGAAGCAAACUUCUUACGCGGCACGACCAAUCAGAAGACUACCCAGAUCCGUGGGUAGUGACGCCUCAGCUCAUCAGCUGCAAUCCUGCGCUCAUUUCUCAGACUUCAUUUCGCGGGGAACCAGUGGUGAUCUCGCGAAAUGUCGACUGUUUAUUUUUUGUAGGCUACAGCAAUCUCAGUCUUAAAACUACUCCCCAUGGGUCAAGCCGUAAGGGAAAGCAGCCCGCCUCAUGUCCAAAUGUCGUUUGCCUUCUAGAUAAAUUUGGCGGACGCGAAAACCAAAGAACAAUUCACCCCAACAUUAAAUUAAAAAUUAUUUAUUACAUCACCGCGUCCCUAACUAACACGGCUCUUCUAGAAUCUAAGCACCCAGGAAUACUAAAAUUACUCGAUCCGGAUCCGCUUUCACAUUUUUUGACACUUUUAAGUCGUGCCGAAAUCUACUGGAAUAUGUGCGCAAUGUUUACAAGCAAAGCCUCAGAGAGUUUUUAAUUGUUGAUUUUGGAACCUAAACCGUUAUGUACGUUAGCAAUUAGUUAACGAUCAGUUUCUAAGAUGAGCCACGAGCAUCUUUUAGUGUAUAUUAUUUGUAAAGCAGCAAACAUUAUUCGUUGACAUUACUAAUUUGGGAAAGAAACCACAAAAAAAGAAUCGAUGGUCUACGGUUGAUCCGAUUCUAGCCAAAUGUCUAUUUCGAAAAUUUUUCAAUGGAGGAAUUCUCUUUUUCUUGUAUUUAUGGCUACUUUUGGUACGGUGUACAUCAAAAAGCAAUGAAUGCGUUGAGCUAGCACACCUACUUUCAUCUUUUUUAAAUAAUGGGGGUAAAAGUUUAUUUUAACACGGUCCUUUGGCCUAAUUUCAGCAUUUACGGUGCGUCUAUUGACCAGACGUUUCAUUGGAGACUACGAUGGAACACUAGGUAAGUUAAUAACAAAGCUUAUUACAAGGCUGAAUCCGCGGGCGGGUAAGAUAAGGCGAAUCCUGUGUUCUGAUUGGCUACCUUAGAGGCUAAGAUGGGACCAUCUUGCCCGCUCGGGAUUUCCCGCGUUUUGGUCCGGCAAGAAAAUUAAAGUUCUCUUUUUGGCCAUAUAAUAAAUCCUUCAUUGACCAAGCUUGAUCGGUCAAUAUGGCUGGAUAUUCACCUCAUUCUUUUGUGCGUUUUUAUGGACCUCGACUUAGUCUCAGUCCAAAAAUGGCCAAUAUCCAGCCACGCUUGGUCAAUAACGCACUAUCGUUUUUGUGAAUCAAACUGGCCACACAUCGAUCUGGCCACCACAGAUCGUAAGAGACACUAAGUGAGACAUGAAAAUAGAUUGCCUAGGUUUUGGCUUGUUUAACACGUAAUCUAAAUGUCAGUGCUGUUUUGAGUUUGUCCACGUUAUUUUCGUUUACAUUUUUAUUUUCUUGAGUGCAGGAAAACACCAGUGAUCAAUUCGUAAAAACCGAAGCUUUGUUUCAAUAUCUUACCCAGCUAAUUCUCUUUAUCAUUAAGAUAAGUAAAUCAACUCAUAAUAGUCCGUUUUUCGCUGGUUUUCAAACGGAGACAAAAGAUCGUUUAUCACUUAAUUUACUUAUAAUAAUUCAAUUAAAUUCGUUGUUGUUAUCUAGUUCCAAUCUAAUGCUACAAACGCACGUUUAUCGGCAUGCCACGUUUGAAUAAAUACCGUAUUCAAUAAUUCUAAGUCAAUUAAGUGACGUUACGAUUUGACAAACACGAUUUUGGAAUUCGGCCACCUAAUUGCAUCUUCUGAACUUUACUGAUCUCUUUCCCGUUGCUGACUAGCAUGUACAGGGAUAAUAUUGUCAAGAUUGGGUGUGACUGGUUAUUAUAUAAGGCACACAAAUUUGGUUUCAAAACUUCACCCUUGUGCUGGUGAUCCAAUCUGAAGCCGGGUCUCUAUUCUUUCAUUCAUGCAGUCAUUUAUUACUGAAUCUGUUUGAUCCUGAUCAAGAGCGUGGCUAGGGCUAUUUUUGCUAGCCGUAUUAUAAGCACCCUCAGGUUACCCCCCAAUAAUAAUACAGUAACUACAUUACUCAGUCUUGGAUAUCUCUUAUUACAUAUUUUCAUAUCUUAAUGUAUUUAUGUUACUAAGCCAUGGAUGAAUCUCAUGCUCUUGAAUAAGCUCUCGUUAAUUACUAUACUAUGAUAGCUGAAACGCUCUAAUCGCUCAGAAAAUAUGCUAAAUCUUCAGCGCAAAGCUGACGAUCGUAGAUUCUUGAAUACGACUUUAAUCAAUAUUUUAUCAACAGAGAGCUGGUAUCAGCAUAGAGUUGACAUUGAUGGACAAGAAGUCACAUUGCACAUCUUUGAUACCGCUGGAAAAGUAAGUUUGCCAGUGUGUUUAAGUAAUCAAUUUCUUGCAAUAGAGCUUUGGGUAAGAAUACCCUUUCAGAUAGGAGAUAGUCGUCGGCACUCUUCUCUACUUGUGCGUCAACUUUCACAAAUGUGUUAGCGUGGCACUUUGAGGUCGAGUUGUAUGGUCACGUUUGACUUCAGUCUUGCAGAUAUAAAACUCGGGCUGAUUUCCCGAAAAGCGGCUGGUAAUGGAGUUUAAGUUAACCCCACCUCCCACAAAUACAUUAAAAAGGGUUAAUAAGGAAGCGAAUUGGGUCAGUAAAAUAGAGAGGAGAAGUGUGACGUCACGUUACCAUGGUAGCACUAUUUCUGGAGGACAACAAAACACAAAACCAACGACGACGGCGACGGCAAGGAGAUCGGCAAAAAAUGAUAUGUUUAUAGUAACAAACAACAACUUUGCACGUGCAUCACGCUAUUUUGUACAUUUCUUUGCCGGCGUUGCACCACUACGACAUGAAAUUUCCUAAUUUCACGAGCUCGCUUUAUGGAGUAGGUGAACACAGCACAAAAAUUGUCCCUGUCAUUCUCUAAACUUAGAUAACGCGUGAUAUGGUCCCAAAGAAAAUUUCGCCAACAUUUGCCAAAUUAAAUGAAAUUGAAUAAGAUCGGUGAAGUUUGAAAUAGUGCAAAAAGACUUUUAAGUGACUUUUUCGGUUUGUUGUCAUCCAUGCAUUUUGCUACCAUGGCAACGUGACGUACCGACUUCUCCUCUCUAUUUCACUGAAACACAUGCUAACCAAGUGCUAAAGAAGCAGAUACAGCGAUUAUAUCCUCAUUCCACUACUAAUACACUAUAUAUUCUGCUUACCUUAAUUGUAUUUUCUUUAUCUUUUUAUCAGAAUUGUAAGGAAAAGAUAGACAUCUGCGCUGCUCAAGAUAUCAUAUUUGUCCUUUACUCCAUCACAGACCGCUCUUCCUUUCAAGAAGCCACACUCAUUGUCAAGUACCUACAUGAAGCAAAAAACAUUCCGUCGUCAGCAAUAUUUCUAAUCGCAUCAAAAGCCGACCUAAAACGCCACACGGAAGUCACAGAGUUCGAGGGAAAGCUUUUUGCGGUGAACACGGGAUGCUCGUUUCAUCAGUUGUCGAACUCUGAGAGUUUUUUCGAGCAUAACAAGAUUAUAAAGAAGGCUUAUCUUAGGGCUUCGCUUGGUGGACAGAAGUUUCCAAAGUCUCCAGCUAUUAUGAGACGUUUGAAGGGAGGAUUUAAGAGCAAGGCUCAAACAAACAGCAUUCCAGGAACUCCGAGAAACAGGUCCGGCAGUGUCGAAUUCUAG